AUGAUGUUUGGAGCAGUGGUUGUGGGCAUUGGGACAGCGGGUUGGGUGAGGAUCAGAGACAUACUAGCUCCACUGCAGGGCAGUUCUGCUGAGAAACUCAGUGUCAAAGGAUUCAUCUCCAGGAGAAGUUUGGAUAGUCAGCAAGGAGUAACUCAGAUUUCUGUCGAAGAGACUCUCACCAGAAAAGAUAUUGACGUAGCGUUCAUCUGCACUGAGAAUGCAUCACAUGAAGAUAACGUCAGAACAUUUCUGCAAGCAGGGAAACAUGUCUGUGUGGAGUAUCCCAUGGCACUUAACUACAAAACUGCUGUGGAGCUCUGGAAUUUGGCACAGGAAAAAGGGUUGAUUCUUCAUGAGGAACACAUAGAACUUUUUUCAGAAGAUUACAAAUGGCUGAAAAAGGAAGUCAAAGGGAAAACCCUGCAAGAAGGAACUCUUCAUUUUACAGGUGGAGUUCUGAAGCCUGGAUUCGGUUUCAUGGCAUUUAGUGGCAUCGCACGCCUCACCUGGUUGGUUGAGUUGUUUGGGGAGCUCUCUGUAACUGCAGCAACCAUGGAACAGGACAUUAGCAACAACUACAGCAAGAUGACUGCAAAGAUGCUAACUGCUGACCAAAAACCGCUGACAUGGAUUGAGGAACGAGGACCAGGCCUCCAAAGAGCCAAAAAUAUCAACUUCCAAUUUGUUUCCGGAUCACUAACUGAAAUCCCGCCAUCACCCAGAGGGGCUGUGGGUCUUUUCAUGCAAGAUUUGAUCCAUUUUUCCGCCAAGCUGAUGGGCCAAGUGAGCCAAGAGGAGCUCCAGAAAGAGAAAAUUAGGAUCCUACACUGCUCUGAACUGGCAGACAGAAUACAGCAACUCUGCGAAAGAUGA